UUUAGAGUUUUAAAAUGUUUUAUUUUAAUUAUUAAUAGUUUCAUUUAAGUUUUUUUGUAAAAUUUUAGAUAUAUAUGACAAAUAUUCAACUAAAGUUGAUGGAAUUGGAUGUAUCAUGUCCUUUUCAGAUCCUAAAUAUCUGAACCCAACCCGAACCCGAUAUGGACUCGAAAAAUCAUGGGUAUUUUAUGGAUAUUUUAAUUAUAGACCCGAACCGACCCUGACCCGAGAAAAACCGACCCGAACCCGAACCGAAAAUUUCUAAGUACCUAUUGGAUCUAAAUAUUUAGGACCCGAAAAGACCCGGACCCGAAAGAAACCGGCUCGGACCCGACCCGAAGACCCGAACGCCCAUGCCUACUCAUAGGAACCGUUUCCCUUGCAAGGCAUUUCUGAACCAGCCGGUUCUGGUUAACGGGCGAUAAAAGAAGGAUCACAACCAUUUUAUAACAACUUUCUUUUAGAUGGCCGGUUCAACUUCUGAUUUCACAAGAUUCCAUAUCCUGUCCCCAUGGCAAGGAGGUUUUACUCCACAUGUGUCAAAGCAGAGACAAGAGAAUCUCAAUCUCCCACCAUAAGUGAACAUUGGAGUCCAUUCGUCUGAUUCUCCGGCAAAACAUUUUCCUGGUGUUCGUGCCAAUUUCCAACAACCUGAUUUGGCUAUGUAUCUCUAAAUAGUAGCUGAAAUCCAAUAUUAAUCGAUUAGAUUAUAUUUCAAAAAUUUACAUACGAUUUUUAUGGAUUUGAAAAGUGUUCCCCGCGUGUGUUCAAAAAAAAAAAGUGUUCCCCGUGUUUUAAAUGUUACAAAGAAAUCCGUAGGUAAAUCUUGUUAUUAAUUUCUAGAAACCAAUCUCAUAUUACAAUUGUCUUUUUUUUUUGUCAAAGCUUAACCGUUACAAUUGUCAUUUUCUUAAAAUAGAAAGAGAAGUGAAAAAACAACCAAUCUUAUGAGUUGUCUACAAAGACUUGUGUUGUUUCUACAGAGACUUGUGUUGUUUCCAGAGAAACAAACACUGUCAGUUUAUAUUUCUCCCCUCUAUUUUUAUUUAUAUAUCUCAAAUUUCUUGUUUUUUUCGUUGUAGUUUUACACGGUAAAUUACCAAAAUUGCCUCUUGUUUUUCUUUUUGUUACUUUUGCCUCUUUGUCAUCAUUUGUCAUAGAGGAAACAGUAAAUAAAAAGGGAUCAGAAAAUAUCUUUACCAUGGCCAAGCUUGGGGGGUGAAAAUCACUCUGUAGGUCUCACCUUUCUCAAAUCCCCCCCAAAAGCCGACAAUCAAUUCAAAAAAAAAAAAAAAAAAACUCCUUUUAAUUCUCUCAAGGAACAAAAAGUGAAACCUAUGAUCAUGUACGGAGGGGAAAUAGAGAAAGCAGGUGGAUCGGCCAAUCACAUGUCAAAUGGAGGAGGAGUGGUACUGAAGAAAGGGCCAUGGACGGCGGCAGAAGAUGAGAUACUUUCUGUGUACGUUAGAGAGAACGGUGAAGGAAACUGGAACGCCGUUCAGAAAAACACAGGCUUGGUUCGUUGCGGCAAAAGUUGUCGUCUCCGUUGGGCCAAUCACCUUCGACCUAAUCUCAGAAAAGGUUCUUUCACAGGAGACGAAGAACGUCUCAUCAUCCAACUUCAUGCUCAGCUCGGUAACAAAUGGGCUCGCAUGGCCGCUCAGUUACCGGGAAGAACAGAUAAUGAGAUCAAGAACUAUUGGAACACGAGGUUGAAACGCCUUCAACGCCAAGGACUUCCUCUUUAUCCUCCAGAUAUCAUCCCUAACCACCAACUCCAUCCACACCCACAUCAUCAUCAACAAAAUCAUCAUCAACAGCAACAUCAACAUCAACAAAUGUAUUUUCAACAACAAUCUUCACAACCAAACACACCAUCAUCUUCUCCUCUUCCAUCUCCAACGCCAAUAAACGCAAACCCCUCAUCAUCUUUCACUUUCCACAGCACAAACGCAUCAACCGCUUAUCUCCUCCAUCCUCUAAGCCCUCACACUCCAACCACACCGCAAACUCCUUCUCAACUCUCUUCCACACCACCUCCACCGCCUCUUUCGUCUCCUUUAUCUUCCCCACGAAACAACCAAUAUCCAACUCUUCCUCUUUUCACCUUCCCGAGCUCCCAAAUCAACAACAAUAACAAUAAUACCAAUUUCACUUUCCCUAGGCCCCCACCUCUCCUCCAACCGCCUUCAUCGCUCCUUGCCAAACGCUACAACAAUUCUAAUACUCCUCUCAAUUGCAUCAACCGCGUUUCGACCGCACCAUUUUCACCUGUUUCUAGAGACUCUUACACUUCCUUUCUAACAUUACCUUACUCUUCCCCUACCGCUCAAACUGCUACUUACCAUAACACUAACAACAAUUACUCUUCAUUUUCUUUAAACCCUUCACCUUCUUCUUACCCUACAACAACUUCUUCCCCAAGCUUUCUUCACUCUCAGUACACUCCAAAUUAUUCUUCCACAUCCUUUCACAACAACCCGGUUUACUCCAUGAAACAAGAGUUCCCUUCAAACCAAAUCCCCCAGAUAGGUGUCUUUAACAAUGUCAACAACUUCACAGACAAUGAAAAACAGAACAAUACCAAUCUUCACAGAAGAAGUAUUAGCUGCAGCCUCUUGGAGGAUGUCCUUGUAGAGGCCGAGGCUCUAGCCGGUGGAGACGGAGACCGACCUUCGAAACGGAGACAACUCACUGCUUCUCCUCCUAACCACCACAACAACAAUAACAACGAUAAUGAUAAUUUCUUCUCCGUUAGUUUCGAACAAUAUGAUUCUUCUGAAAACAUAUGUUCCUUACAAGAUUUGAAACCGAAGGAAGAAGAAUCCCUUCAAAUGAACACAAUGCAAGAUGACAUAGCUAAACUUCUUGACUGGGGAAGUGAUAGUGGAGAGAUCUCUAAUGGACAAUCAUCUGUUCUCACUGACGACAAUCUUGUUCUUGAUGUUCAUCAACUGAAUUCACUAUUCCCGGCUGACUCCACGGCCGCUGAAACAAGGACCAAUGAUGAACAGAACAAUAAUGAUAAAAUUAACUGUUCAUGGGACAAUUUGCAUGGAGUCAGCUAGAAAAUGUCAACAGACCACAAGAACUAACGAAGACCAAAGUCUUGGAUCUUUGAUUGUAUUGUAUCAUUAAAAAGUUUACUUGUAUUUGUUGCAAAUCGUCUGUUUUCUGUUUAAUGCUAUUUGAUCUCUUACUUAUUUGUGAUUAUGGAUACAUUCAUGUAUUGUUCUUCGAACUCCAUACUAUUCACUACGUUUCUUUGAUUUCUGCCAAGGAUAUACAAAUCAUUAAGCAUAACCACAACUACCACUUUUAAAAAGAAUUAUGUUGGCAAUAAACAAAGACGAAAUCUGAACUAAUAUUUCAAUGCAUAACAUAUAUUUUCCCUACAAUAAAAAAAAACUGCAUGUAAAAGAAUCGAGCAUCUAAGUAAAUGCGUUUUGGUAAAAUAAAAACUAAAUCAUAAGCAUAAUAUAAUAGUUAAAACGAUUAUUCGUGAAUGAAAUCUAAACCCUAAAGGAGAAACCCAAGAGAGCCAUAAUCGCUUAUUUAAGAUUGAAAUUUAAUUAAAUACUAAAUCUAUUUGGAAAGGGGAACAAAAGGGGCAGCCAUAAUCGCCUAUUUAUGAAUGAAACUUAAAUCCUAAAGCUAUUCUGAAAGGGUAAACCUAAGAGAAUUCCAUAAACAAUUAUUUAUGAUUGA